AUGACCUCGCAGCCGCAAGCUGCGCGCUCACACCGCAUGGGGUUGGUGGAGCAGAUAUUGCAGAAGCAGCACCGCCGACCGCUGUCCAAGCAGGACGAGGAGGACAUCCUGAGCCACUUCCGGGACCUGGAAAGCGACCUUGAGCUCACCAAGCGGCGCAUCACCCGGCGGUCGCAGUUUGUCAACCGAACAAAGGAGGAACGCGGCGAGCUGGUGGAACAGAUUGCGUUCCUGCAAGAGGACAUCUACGCCCUGCAGGAGCAGGUGUCGCUGCGAGAAGCCACCAUCCGCAAGCAGAAGCAAGUCGAGCGCCAGCUCAAGGCAGACAUCACCCGCAUCGAGGAGGAGAAGGCCGCCAUCCUGUCCGAGCUGGAAGUGCUCAGCGCUCGGUAUGCGCCCCUUGCGCAGUGCGACUCCAUCGUCCUUUCCCGGGUCCUCACGCCAUCACUCUCCCCGACCACCAGCCAAGAAGGGCGCACACGCGGCAACACGUCCCUGGCCAUGGCCAAGAGCACCAGCUCCACCAGCAUUGCCAGCAACGGCCAGCGGAACGGCGGCGGGAGCAGCGACGCCGACGAUGACGAUGCUGCCUUCGGUGACGAUGGCGGCGACGACCAGACCCUCAACGACAGCACAGUGAGCAGCACAGGCAGGGACGGGGCGGGCUGCGGCGGCUUCAUGCGCACACUUGCAGACUGCAUCACCGCAGCGUCCUCGGAGGUGCUGGUCAUGACGCAGACCUUCACCUCGCGUGCGCUCGCAGACGUGCUGGCGAGUGCCAGCCAGCGCGGCAUCACGGUGCGCGUGAUUGUGGACGCGUCCUGGCUCAACAUCACGCUUCGCGCCUCUGGCGCCUCCCGCGACUACCAGUGCUGGCAGCGCGUGUACCGCCGCUUCAAGGCCGCUGGCGUCGAAUGGGGCGCCCAGCGCGGCCGUCGGCACAUCGCCCGCCCAACAUCAACGCACGUGCCCUUCACCCACAACGCCAUCAUCGUUGACGGCCUCACGCUCAUCACGGGCCCGCUCAGGUUUGCCGAUGAAGCGUGUGCAAACAGCGCGGAGAGCAGCCUUGUUGUUGUUCGCGGCACAAGUCGCAACGCGACCCCUUGUAUCCAGUCCAUGCACACCCUCUUCACCCAGAUGUGGGGCUGUUUGGUCGAGGUGGACGUUCCACAAGAGAUGACCCGUGUCCGUCUCCCAAAGAUCUAG